CCAAUAUAUAUCAGAAACAGAGAGUAACACAAACACAACACAAGACAACACAAGAAAAAACUCUCUCCUCUGUUCUGCUCUGCUUUGCUCGGUUCUUCCUGAAUAGGGGCAGCAUGUCUUCCACUUCAACCUUCAAUGGCCACUCCAAAAUUGCUCCAAACAACACUGACACCCCUUUUUCACCCCCUCUCCGGCCCUCCUCCCGCCGCACUCCCUCCUUCUCCUCCUCCCCUUCUCUCUCCUCCAACUCCUCCUCCUCCUCCACCUCCUCCUUUUUCCACCAUGAUUCUCCCUUAUUCAGUCCCAGCACUCCCCUCCGAUCUUUCUUGGGAGUCCCAUUUUCCUGGGAAAAAUUGCCGGGAAUUCCCAAGAAACAACUUUCCAAGAAAAUAGACCCAUCACUAAGCCUCCUCCCAUUACCCCCUGCAGGGACUCCAACCCCAUCUUCCUUCUCCUCCAAGAAAAUCAAUUCCAAUUUCCAUCAAAAUUCCCCGCUCCGAAAGAAGAAUUUCACUAGUGAGAGCUUCAGGAGGGAAAUAGAUCCAUUUUUCAUGGCAUUAAUGGAGUGUUCAAAGGAUGAUCAUGAUCAUGAUCAUGAUGAUCAACAAAACCCAAUUGGCAGUUUCAAUCUUUGGAAGAGCUCAAAGGUCACUAGGACUUUGAGUGAUCGAUUUGGAUUCAUCAACAUGUACACUUCUUGCAAGAGUACUUGCCCUGUUUCAGAGUCCGUCAUUUAUAUUCCAAGGUCUGGUCGUUCAUAAAAACUUCGGGGACCGGACGGCGAAGCUUUGAUCUCAUGUUAAAUGUUCCAAAGUUAUAGAAACUUUGAAAUUUGGGGUAUGAAUAUUUUUUCUUUAUCUCUCUCUGUUUCUUGUUGGCAAGUUCUAUGGCAUGUGAAGACAACUACUGUGUUCCCUAAGCUUUGUUUUUAGUUUUACUUUUAUGUAUUAGAAUUACUAGGGACCGGUGUCAAUUUGUGGGGGUUUUUUUAAGGGUAUGAAAUGCAAUAUUUCGUAUUAUAUUUA